AUGGGAAUUCUCGCUGAUGUCGCCGGACCCGUGGGGAACUUCACCUCUCAAUCGUCCACCGCCACUCUCAUUGCCGCGGGCUUCGCCUCCUUUAUCGUCCUCUCCGUCGUUCUCAACGUUUUGAAGCAGCUGCUGUGGAAGGAUCCCACUGCGCCCCCGGUCGUCUUCCACCUGUUCCCGAUCAUCGGAAGCACCGUCACGUACGGCAUCGACCCGUACAAGUUCUUCUUCGCGCAGCAGAAGAAGAAGGCGCAAGCUAACAAGAGACAGUAUGGCGAUGUCUUCACCUUCAUCCUUCUCGGCCGCAAGAUGACCGUGUGUCUCGACACCAAGGGCAACAACCUCAUCCUGAACGGAAAGCUCAAGGAGGUCAAUGCCGAGGAGAUCUACUCGCCGCUCACCACACCCGUCUUCGGCAAGGAUGUCGUCUACGACUGCCCGAACUCGAAGCUCAUGGAGCAGAAGAAGUUCGUCAAGUUUGGUCUGACCCAGGAAGCCCUCCGCUCCUACGUUGGCAUCAUCACCCAAGAAUGCGAGGAUUUUUUCAAGCGUCACAAGGCUUUCAAGGGACAAAAGGGCACUUUUGAUGUGACCAAGGUCAUGGCCGAGCUCACCAUCUACACCGCCUCCCACUCUCUUCAGGGUAAGGAGAUCCGCAAGUCGUUCGACUCCAAGUUUGCCGACCUUUACCACGAUCUCGAUAUGGGCUUCUCUCCCGUCAACUUCAUGCUGUCAUGGGCCCCCCUUCCCCACAACCGCGCCCGCGACGUCGCUCGCGAGACAAUGAUCAAGCUAUACUCCGAGAUUGUGCGCAAGCGAAGGGCUGGCAACGUCAAGAAGGACUCGCAUGACAUGAUCUGGCACUUGAUGGACUGCAAGUACAAGGAUGGCACACAGGUUCCUGAACACGAGAUCGCUGGUAUCAUGAUUGCGCUGCUGAUGGCUGGACAACACUCCUCUUCCUCCACAAUCGCCUGGAUUAUUCUCCGUCUGGCACAGUACCCUCACCUUCUCGAAGAGCUUCUUGCAGAGCAGAAGGCGGUCAUGGGCGAGGACCUUCCAGCAGUCACCUACGAAGACCUCAACAAGCUGCCGCUACACGCCCAGGUUGUCAAGGAGACUCUUCGCAUCCACGCUCCUAUCCACUCAAUCAUGCGCACCGUCAAAUCGCCUAUCGUUGUUGAGGGAACAAACUACGUUAUCCCCACUUCGCACAACCUCAUGUCCUCCCCCGGCUACUCCGCACUCCUCGACAGCUACUUUGUCAACGCUGCAACCUGGGACCCACAUCGAUGGGACGCCGGCCAGCACAACUACGACGAGGCUGAGAACGACGACGACGAGAAGAUCGACUAUGGCUGGGGUGUUGUCUCCAAAGGCACAAACUCGCCUUACCUACCAUUUGGUGCUGGAAGGCAUCGAUGCAUUGGCGAGCAGUUCGCCUACCUGCAGCUCCAGACGAUCCUCGUCGCAUUUGUCAGGGAGUUCAAGUUCAGGAACGUUAACGGUAGCAAGGACAUUGUUGGUACAGAUUACACAAGUCUGUUCUCGAGACCGCUUGCACCUGGUACGGUCGAGUGGGAGCGCAGGGAAUCAUAG